UGGAUUUAACCAAUCAUUUUCAUAAAUUUACUUGCCUUCUGUAUAUUGAGAACAUUUCAUGUUAAUAGGGAUCACAAAAGAUCACAGGUUUUAGGUACAUUUCAAGAAGCUCCUUGAUGAAUUUCUUCAUUAGUUGCCAGCCAUGAAUACAAUCUGUGCUUGAGAUUUAGCAGCGGGAUAUACAGCGGUUACCAGUCGAGAGGCGUCGCGGCGAAUUGAAUGAAAGAAAGAUGAAGAGGAGGGAGGAGAAACGACGAAAAUUCCAUGAAGGCCUGCUGAAAAUGCUCUAUCCGUCUCCAUCAUCGCCUUCUCACCAAAGAGAAAGCAGCGAAGAAGCCGAGAACACUCAUAGCGAAGGCCUCGACUUAGAUCUCGUUCCAGAUGAAUAUGAGAAUGAAAGGAGCUCUUCUUCUUCUUCUUCGGCAAGCGAUCACGAGGGUGGAUGUGAACCUCAGAAGCUAACUAGGGCUCAGAGGAAGCGUAUUCGCAGGAAGAAGAUGAAGGAAGCUGCUUCCCGCCGCCAGAAAAUCAUCGGGCCAUUGUUGCCUAAUGCAAGCGAUGUAGGUGCGGAAAUCGCAGACGAGCAUCCUCCAGGUGUUCGACAAAAUGCCCAAACGCCAGAAGCAGCGUGGUCUACAAAACAAAAUAAGGUAAAACAAAGAAGGAUGGCUAAGAAGUUAGGCGGCGAGAGUUCAACGUUAUCUGGCAUGGCAAGUACUGAUGCUGGUUCAGGACCAUUCAACAAUGCAAGCUCCAAGGAGUCUUAGAAUUCAUGGGUGUUUUAGGAGACUAAUGGGUCCGAGGAGAGUACCAAAUUGGCACCUGAUGAUCACUCCACCCUAUUUACAUUUGGAACUUCAUAUUAACAUUGAAACAAUAUUCUUGCCUCUUUUAAUACAAUUACAAUUGCCAAGGACCUUGUAGUCCAGUGGCAUCAAACCCUUCCCUUUAUACGGGAGGUGGUGGGUUCGAGCCCCAGAUAGGUUAAGAGAGUAGUUAUAAACAGAUACUGCAUUCUAAUAGAGUUAGUAGUAUUUUUUUUUCAAAAAAAAAUUUGAAGAAAGAACCUGCCUAACUGGUGCCACCAAAAGUCUGAUCGGCUUAAACCAAGAGUCGAACUUGAAAUCUUGUAGUUACCAAGUCAAUUGUCCAAUCUCACGUUUAUUUAUUAAA